CUCGGAUGAUGUCAAUUGAACUGGCCCUCGAUAUCAAAUAUCGACCAAGACACCAAACACCAUGUCGGAAGAACCACAAUCACUUCGAGCGCUAUGGCAGACCCUCGAGGACAAGCGACGACAGAUUGAGGGCUCGUGGGACACAAACUCUGCCGCCCACCAAGCGCUGCUGAAUGCCACCGUCAGCGGCUACGAGCAGGCUCUUCGCAUCCAGGACCAAAUCGCCCUCUUCAGUCCAAAUGAAUCCGCAGAGGACAUCGCCACAAACGACCUACACUACCUCCUGGCCAACUACCGACUCGCCGACCUGAGUCAGCGUGUGUCGUCCGGUGAUCGCAAAGCUGUCUUGCGUCGCGCCCAACAUUGCUACGACAAGUUUCUCCGACAACUCGACCUCUACGACCUUCUUUCUCCAUCUGACGCAAAACUUCUCGAGGAAUACCGCGAGGAUCCAACUUCCUUCUCCACCGCCUCAACUUCGGAUCCUGCUGCUCGCCGCGAGAGAAAGAUCCUACGAUUCAAGCAAGAGAAGGACCUCAAGCAAAAGCUGCAACAUCUACAACAAAAUCCUGCCGCUCUACAAAACGACGAUGACAUGCACCGUCGCUUACAGCUGACUCAGAUCGACUUUUGCGUGCACCAAUCCUUCCAGUCCCUCGAGUCCAUCGCCCAAGAGCUCCACAUCCUCUCAAGAGCCCCGCCACCACCUCCGCCAGGACAAGAGACCUUGUCGUCCGAUCUCAGAGAGCGUCACAAGUCAAACGAUGGCUAUUCGGAAAGAUUGGACGGUCCCAUGUCUGCUGGCUUGUCAGGACCCAUGCUAAGCAAAGACGGCAAGCCACUACGUCCAUUCACGCUUCUCAACACACGCCAGACAAUGCAGGCUGGUGUCUUCCGUCCCGACCACAGUCUUCCUACCAUGACAAUUGACGAGUACCUGGACGAAGAGAAACGCCGUGGUGGUAUGAUUGAAGGUGGAGGUGCUCAAUCUGGUGUCCAGCCGGAGGUAGAUGAGGAUGACUUGGACAAGGCAGACGAAGCAACAAUGAAAGCAAGAGCUUGGGAUGAAUAUGUCGAGCACAACCCCAAGGGCUCUGGCAACACCUUGAAUAGAGGCUGAGGCUGCUCCGAGUCAUUGGAAUCCUUGCAUGCAUCUUUCAUGUUUCUAUCAUGGCCCCGAGUCACGUCUAGGCGGACUUGUUGGAUCAAGGCUGAGCCAAGCAGGCGCAACACUACGAUAGGUACCAGAAGCUGGGGAGUCCAGAGUUUGCCGGCUAUCUGGGAUGGAGCCAUGGUCAAUUGUGAUUUCGAGACAUGUCUCUGACUCGGCGGCUAUCGUGUCGUCCUUUUAGCACCAUUAGGAAAGCAAUGGGAAGUAUGACCGUAGGCUACGUGCAUCUUCACAACCGACUCCGACGGCGCAGAGUGCCGGGCUAUGGGCGAUAUUCGUUGAUUAGGAAGCCAUCACAUCGGCUUGGGCCUUGUCCUAUGCGAAG